CCCCCCUGCCAAUGGCUGCAAAACCCGCCUUACGACGACGAGUCCUGAAUAUAUCCUCCAAACAAUUCUCAACAUCCACCCGCUCACGGGCAGGCAUCGCUGCCCCCGAGAUCAAUUUCAAGAACCCGACCGAGGCGGGAGGGAGUGACGGCGAGGCGCCGCUCUUCUAUGCUCGGCUGGUGCCCGACUCACCCUCAUAUUUCACCGCGCAGCCGGUGUUCACCGACGACCUCCUCUCUCUCCAGAAUCUCCUCCAGAGGUAUGCCAGCCUCCCCGUCGUGAAGCCCGGCGAGGCGCCCCGAGUGGCAUGGCAAACGCUGGCCGAGUAUCGAAACAUUGUUGGUGAGCCGGUCAAGGCGACGAAGUAUCAGAGGAUCCUCGAAAUCCUGCACCGGCUCAACCACAUCCACCCAUCUCUCAUGCCUGCCGAGGUGACCUCCACAUUGAACCAGUACAAGCGGGAGGUCAACCCGUUCAAGAACACCGCCAAGUCCCCCUUCAUUGAUGAAUGGGGCAAGGCAUUGGGGGUGGGCCGGAGGAAAACUUCGACGGCCAGGGCGUGGGUAGUGGAGGGCACGGGAGAGAUCCUGAUCAACGGCAAGACGCUUGCCCAAACAUUUGGCCGGGUCCAUGAUAGAGAGAGCGCCGUCUGGGCGCUGAAAGCCACGGGGAGGAUCGACAAAUAUAAUGUGUGGGCUCUUGUCUCUGGGGGAGGGACGACAGGUCAAGCGGAGGCUAUGACACUGGCGGUUGCAAAGGCACUGCUCGCUCACGAGCCAGACUUGAAGCCCGCAUUACGGAGAGCGGGAUGUAUAACUCGGGAUCCAAGGAAGGUGGAGAGGAAGAAGCCCGGAAAACGCAAGGCUCGCAAGAUGCCAGCCUGGGUCAAGAGAUAGGCACUCUUUUCAUGUAUGUAUAAUUAUGUAUGAAGAUCGGCGUCAAGAGGGAGCGGACCCCCGCAUGCAUCAAACAAUCUAUCUAUGUGUUCCUGCUUCAGUAUUGCGAGGUUGUCUAGAAGUUUAGCAUUCAUCGCCCAGCCUAUCGCGCACCAACAUCUCCGUGCCUCUUCUCAAGACCAUUGGAGGAGCAGACCAGAUUGCCAACCACUCCACCCCUGAUCGAUAUCGACCAGACAACUGCUAGCCGUUCUAUUGAUGCCUCCGGAAACUUCUUCACAUAUGUAUUCGAGGUCUCUGAACUGCUACUGUACAUAUGGAAGUCCAUAGAAAGAUGGGUAAUACAAAACAGAAGAGCCAUGUACCUAGACUUUUAUACCUACAUUACUACAUCUAGAUAUCAAAUUGAAACCGAAGAAAAAUUUCCACGUC